AGCAUCCAGAUUUGCGAGGGAUUGAUUUCUCAUAUGAACCAAUCGUAACUUCUUGUCAGGCUUGGGUCUAACAUUUUGUUUGAGCCAAACUCAUUGGAUUCCAUAUGUCACGAGAGGGACGUGUCAGCAACAUUGUGAAACACGUGUACGAAGGAUGUGAUGCUCGUGUUCCAAGUAUUGCUGCUGAUCAACAUCUUUGAGCUUUGGAUGUGCGAAUUACUCGACAACAGGCUGAGAAGAGGUGAGCAGUCGACAAUGGCUUCCUGGACCUGGCUGGCCCUACUUCUGCUGAUGACGAAGGCACAGGACACGGUUCAUGCACAAACAGUCCUCAAUAACUCCAGCCACCGCGUUUUGGUGAAUAUCUCCGAAGGCAUUGUGGCAGCCAGCGGACAUUACGUGUGCGAUGACGUGGUGUCGCCCCAAUACAUCUGUCCGGACACCAGCUGGACCCUCCUCCCAGACUCUGAUGGACCUUUCUGUCUACAACAUGUAGACAUUCCCAAGGCAUUCGACAACGCAACUGAGUCUUGCUGGACCAUGGGUGGGCGGCUGGUAACGAUCACAUCAGAAAAACGCCAGAGAGCUGUGGAGGAUUUCCUGCCAUUUCGAUACACCUUGGAGCCAUGGAUUGGUCUUAGAAGAAAUUAUUCCUACGGCGAAUUUUACUGGGAAGGGUUGGAGCGACAGCGACUGAAUUACACAAACACCAACAACUACUACAACUUGAUCAAUCAAUGUUGUGGGUACGACUGUGUCUACCUGACCUACCCGUACAGGAAGUGGACAGGAACGUCCUGCAGUGACAAUAGACCUUACAUCUGCGAGGCAGACAAAUUAUGCAAGGAUGGCUUUGUGGGAGACAACUGUGACCAGGCCUGCCAUUGCUACGGAGAGCCUUGUAAAGGGGGACAACCGUGCAAGUAUGGGUGUGAGGCAGGGUGGACAGGUCCCUACUGCUACACACGCACGAGAAGGGCAGAGGUCAUCUACUACUGCGUCAACAGCUCUUCGGAGGGUCGCUACGCGCUGGUGAGGAUUAACCCUUUCGGACGCCAGUACCAGACGGUGCAGCUGACAGACGAGGCCGGCACCCCCCAGCCCUGGUGCAGCGGCUCCGAGAUGUGGUACGACGACACCGGCGUCUACUCCGUCAAGAUCCCCGUCACCCGGGGUAACGAGUGGCAAGUGGCGUGACCUGUGGUGGCAAUAAGACAGGAGACAACGCCUACGAGUGGCAGUUGGCACUGCGCGAAAAGAAUGGAGUGAUGCUGUCCCUUGACCGCAGGAUGGAGCUGUCGUGUGAUUUUAAUGAGGCGGACAACAUGGUUCUGACACAGUCACAGAGUGUUGUCGUUGAAGGUGGCGAACUCCCUUCGGUGGAAAACCCGUGAAUUCUCGCGAGUUCGUGACCUUAGAGGUGACAGACCCCUACACGGGACAAGCUCUCAAACAGGCUCGACUUGGCGCCAACGUGCAACUGCGCAUGCGACUCACCAUCACCCCGGGUAUCAGUGCUCAGGGUGUGUCUCCUUAUGACUGUAUCGUCAGUUCUGGAGAUGGUCUUUACAGCCUCGUUCUGACUGACUCUGAUGGUUGUCCACCAAGCGGCUCCACCAUCAUAUCUGAGCUAAGGGGACAUAAUGGCACCGUCAUGACCGAUCCAUUCGAGUUGUUUACCUUCCCUGGUCACAACAGUGUACAGAUCACCUGCUCCUUCCAGUUCUGCUUCACACGGGAAGAUUCGCUCUGCACUGAGCGAUGCUCUACUAAAACGAAGGAAUCGUCUGCACACCACCAACAGAUCAUCCUAUCCCUGGUAUGGGGAUCACACCACCUCAGGAUCCCCGUAUCUCUGGUCCAACGAUUACCGUACCACAAGUCCCCCAUAUCCUUGGUCUACAAAUUAUUUUAAUUACUGGGGCAGCACCUCCUCUUACCCCUGGGGCAGCACCUACUACGACUACUGGCGGACCACGUGGUAUCGCAGGAAGAGAGAAGCCACCGCCCGUGAGUCUGCCACUGCAGUCAUCAACAUCAUCAGAGAUGACACCAGUAUGGCGGCUACUAACACAGGGGCUCCUGUGGCCUGGGCUUCACUUCUCAUCCUGGGUUUUCUUCGUGGCUUUCACCAGUUGAGCUUCACUCAUCCUCAUCAAGGUGUAGUUGAAAUUCAGCAUCGACAUAGACAACGUAGGUUAGAAUACCAAAAAAACUGGAAAUGAUUUGUUUCCACUGGGUAUUAUUCUAAACUUAGAACAGUAGUUAAAGCAAGAUACAAAAUAUACUCUUUCGUCUUAAAAUAAUUGUUAAUUUGUGGCGACAUACUUUAGUAGCAGAGCAUUCUAAAUAAAUUUUUAUGAUAAAACUACA